AAGCGAAACCCUAAAAGCACGAAAUUGCACGAUUUCCCUCCAAUCCGAUCCAAUCCAAAAGGCUUGCGCGGUCACCAUAGAAGCUGCUACUCAACAGUCUAAACCCUAACCCAAACCCCCAUUCACUUCUCUCUUCUCUGUGCGUCUCUCUCUCUCUCUCAAAUGGCGAAGACUACCAAAACCAAGAAACGAAAGCUCGUCAAGAAAUUCCACAAAGACGAACCACAACAAAUCAACAAAAAGCUCAAAUCCAAAAAGACCGAAAAGCCCCCUCCACCACAAAGCGAUUCCGGCUCCGAUUCCGAUUCUGAUUCCGGUUCCGGUUCCGGCUCGGACUCCUUCACGAAACUCCUCGAACCCUACACCAAAGACCAACUCAUCGAUCUCAUAUCCACCAUAGCUCUCAAGGUCCCUCCCCUCUCUCAACACAUCCGCCACGUGGCAGACCGAGACGUCUCGCACCGAAAAAUCUUCAUCCACGGCCUCGGCUGGGACACCUCGCGCCAAGCCGUACUCUCCGCCUUCGAAUCCUUCGGCGAUAUAGAGGAUUGCAACGUCGUCACCGACAAGGCCACCGGAAAAGCCAAAGGAUACGGCUUCGUUUUGUUCACAACUCGAAAAUCGGCAUUGAAAGCACUCCAAAACCCUAAGAAGAAGAUCGGUAACCGCUUCGCUUCUUGCCAGUUAGCCUCCGUGGGCCCGGGGGUCACUCAGGCUCAAACCCAGGCCCAAGAAGCAUUGUCGCGUCGGAUUUAUGUGAGUAAUGUACCGUUCGAUACCGAUUCCGAGAAAUUGAGGCAGUUCUUCUCCAAAUUCGGCGAGAUCGAGACCGGACCGAUCGGAUUCGACUCCACCACCGGGAGAUCCAGAGGAUUCGCUCUCUUCGUGUACAAAACCGAGGCCGGUGCGAAGAAAGUUCUAGAGGAUCCGCACAAGUCAUUCGAAGGACACAGAUUGAAUUGCUCGAAAGCAACGGAACCGAAGGCCAAGAAAAAUCCGGUACAGCCGGUGGUGCAGACUCAGCCUCCUCCGCCGCAACCGAUGCAGCAACAACAACAACAACUACAACUACAGCAACAGCAACAACAACAACAACAACAACCGCCACCACCGCAGGGUUCGGUUUUAGCGGCGGUUGCUGCGGCGCAAAAUAUGGCGAUGUUUGGACAUCAUCCGAGUUUGAAUCCAAUGUAUGGCGGGUUCAUUGCGAAUCCUGGUGCUGCAAUUUUGGCCAACCAGGCCCAGUCGGUGCUCGGGGCUUAUGGCGGAGCAGGUCCGGGUUUACAGGCGAUGUACCCGAAUACACAGAUGGGCCCACAUAUGGGGCAGCCGAAUACCAGUAGAGCCCAGGGUCCUAGUGGGUACCCAUCAUAUAUGUGAUGAAGUGCAGCUGAACUUGAGGAUUGAUGUUCUAAGAGCUUGUUCUGGGUCCAUCGUCCGUUGUGGAAGUUUUACUUGUAGGGAAAACUUUUGAAGUUUUAUUCAACAUUUAGUGUUUCAUAUUAAAUAUUUAUCCAAACUUUACUGGUGAUUGGUAGACUUUUUUUUAUCUUCUUCUUCUUCUUCUCUGUCUUACUUUGUUUUAACCUCCUUGUAAUAAUCAGCUAUUUUUAAUGUAUUUCUUUCAAGGCA